AUGGCAGAUUAUUGGUUGGAAAGACGAGAAAUGGCUACGAAAUUUCUCGCAAUUGUUUAUAUUAUCUUAACUAUUACUUUCAUAGUAUCACCCUUGUAUUUAUCCGGUAGGAAUUUACCUUUCCAAGGAAACUUUCCUCCGAUCUUUUUUCGAGAUCCGUGGUAUCAGCUGAUAUAUGUGAUGGAAAUAAUGUUGACCUUAUUAGCAGUAUCAAAUACAUUGGCUUGCGACGUGAUACUAAUAUUAUUCGUAUGUCAAUUGUGCAACGAUUUGCAUAGAACAGCCACCUUGUUGCAACAAUACGGUGACGAUGAAUGCAGUCUGAGGGAUGUCAUUAAACAGCACGUUUCUUCCCUUAAUUAUGGAGAAACGUUAUGCAACGCUUUGUCCGUUAUGUAUCUCGGUCAAAAUUGCAUUUGCUCGAUGACAAUCUGUUUGGCUUGUUACAUUUCCUUUACCAUAGCAAAUACUUUGACAUUGAUGAAAAUGAUCGUAGUACUUUUAGCAAUGGUCCCGGUAUUGUUCAUCAAUUGUUAUAGCGGAGAAAUGAUUUAUGGUUCUAGUUUGACCGUUAGCAUGGCCAUCGAAGCUAAUUCUUGGAAAUCUGGUAACAUUAGAGUAACCAAAGAUGCUGCAUUCGUAGUUCAAAGGGCACAAAAACCUAUGAAAAUAGCCGUCGGUACUUUCGGUACUAUCAAUCUUAAGUUUUUUUGCGAUUCCAUUUAUUCGGCCAUUUCUUAUGCCAUGGUUUUGAAAACUAUGAGCUAGUAAUUAUCCUAAUUUCAAUGUACGAAAGAAAAAAAAAC